AUGAGCGAUGGCUUAGUGGUUGGAACAUACUUGGCCGAGCAAGUUGCUUUGACGAGCUAUGCGCUCCUUUCUGUGAGCCAAGCCGAUGCCAAGCGCAGCCAAAUCUCAGCAGUGCCCUCUGGACCACGGGUGAAACGACGGCUGAGAGACCACAACAAUUUCAAAGCUGACACGCUUCCCGCUUUGGUCAGUCUCGAUCCGCUUCUUCAGGGUGCGACCACUGCUGUCGAAGGCCCAGGGCCAACUGCGGCGGCCGAGACACAACGCCGCAUGCGGCUGACCCACAUCGAGAUCUCCUCUGCACGCCUUGCGGAGGGCAGGCAGACUUGGUCUACAGACCGCCCCACGGCAGAUCAACCACCUAGCCGUGGCGACUGCCAGGCCAUCGCCAGCUUGACUGCGCCGUUGCCUUGGUUCCGACCAGGUGCUCCCGAGCCAAAGAAAAGCCUCAAGAAGGCCAGAUCUCGACGAGGUUCGGCGGGAUUCUCCAGCACGACAAACCCAUGGGACCUCUUUUCCGAGAGCCUACGCGGCACGGGCGUGGAGCGGAGCCCGCGGAAGCGGUCGCCUUCGCCGCCGCGGAAGCGGGAUGCAGGCGAAAGGGCGCCUCGUGACCUCUUCCACUUUGGCUUGGCAGAGCAGCCGCUGCUGCCCGAGGAUGCCGUUCAGGCGUACUUCGAGAGCGAGAAAGCACGGACGGAUCAACUUCACGAAAAGGAGAAGGAGCCGAAAGAGCUGGAAAAAGUGGAUGGGCAGCGGAGGUAUGCCAUCGUCAAACCACUGCCGCACUCCGACAAGGUGCACAGAGAACCGCUGCGAGUCCUGCGUGAGUCCAAAAAGUCGGAGCCUGCCGACCCGUUGAUGGAAGGAGAUGCAUUGGACAGGACAAAGUUCUUCGCGGAACUUCUCGACCAAAUGUUCUUCAAGCAGAAGUUUAGUCCUGUCCGACGGGACGCUUGCCAGCUAACGCGCAUGCCGCACAGCUGCAUGCAGCUGCAAGGGUCUGCAAAGAUGGACGAUGGGAGUGUCGAGGAUGGUGAGGGCGGUCGACGAAACUGGGUUGGGCCUAAGCUGCUCGUCAGGCCAUUCUUCUGUCAGCUCCUGGCAGCCUUGAGCGUGUUUGACUUGGCAUUGCGAUUGUACUUGUAUUGGUGUUGGCACCAGCUUGUGCGAGCCUCUGGGGAGCUUUUCCCUGCCGAGCACCUUUCCAAGGCCUUGAAAGGUGUGGAGUCAGCUGUUGUCCGGCCUGCGAUAACCCGACUGGAAGCUGAGAGCGGUGCGAGCGCAGCAACAGGCUCUGCAGAUGCACGGAAGCAGCGCCUCCGAGCACAGUGUGGGGCCUUGCAUCGCCAGCUUAUGGACAAGAAGGCCAACGAGGACGGUUUCCUCUCAAACGUGAUGACAUUCUUUCGCGAAGAAGAUGCAAAGGCCAUGAACCACCGCAUGCAGAUUCAAGACCAGUUGGAUCAGUUCGAGGAGCUUCGUGCGCACCAGGCUCAACAAGCAAAGGAGGAGGAGGCGCUGAAG